ACUAUUAUGGUUCUCUUGCUGCCAUUUCUGAACGUCUACAAUUUACAGCUGUGCCCUGGCAUUGCGCGAUCUCUUAGUGUAUACAGUUGGUGGUUUACGAACUAGUUUGUUAAAUCUAACACCUCGUCGAUCGAAACUAGUUUUGUUUCCAAAAAGGAUUUGAAGAGAUACCAUUCAGACCAAUAUUCAUUACGACUCUGCGUCAAGAUCUGACGCUAUGGCGCAGAUGAGAGAUAUAUCCACGUCAAUACUGGCGACAGAAGGUAGUGAGGUGAAGACGGGUGUUCUUUUAAUCCUUGAAAAACAAAAAGGCAUUAAAAUGUUAAAGUCCACCGAUUACCAACUGAACCCCUUGUACUGGCGACUUGUGUCAUAUGCUGCCCAGACGUACCUUCUAGGAUACCCUAGGCAACUUGGAGGAGCUAAGGCGACUAAGAAACUCUUGGUGAAAGGAUGCUCCAUUGAAAUGAAUCUUCCAGAGAAAGUGGUCGUAUCACCGCAUAACAACGAAUCGUUCCUUUGUAUCCAGUGCGGCGAGAAAAAUUUUUCUGAAGUACAGAUUCGUCUGAUUCCUUCGACGUCCUUCGCAACCGUGAUCAACGACUACCGAGGAGUGUCCACAACACAGCAGACACCGCACCACGCCCAGGAGUCGACUGGAGGAGAGUCAACACAAGUCCUGCUGGUCAAUUCCAGAAUCGAGCCUCCUUAUCAUCCAUUCCUUCAAGUGCUCAUGCUUUGGAACAUCAGAGGCGAAGAUCCCAAGAAAUGGUGA